AUGUGGCAGGCGUUUGUCGACAACACGACACUACAUGGUGUCAGAUAUGUUUUUAAGAAGCGUCACGUUCUCACUCGCUUAAUCUGGUUUGUGCUACUGCUGACCUCUGGAGGAUGUUACAUUUUCACAGUUUACACAGCUGUCGUUACAUACUUCGACCGUCCUAUCAACACUGUAGUAAGCAGAAAAAAUGUGGAAGGAUUGGAUUUUCCAGCAGUCACAAUCUGUCCUCAAAAUGACUUUGCUAAAAGCAAGCUAUACAUGACAGAUGACAACCCAUUAUUCGCUUCCACCGGGUUAAAUAUUAGCGCCUGUGCCGUGACUUCAGAAGUAAGGGGCGAUCGACCUUGUGGAUGGUCACUUCUUUGCGCUUUGCCUGAAUUUCAAGCCUAUUUAGGCCCCGCUAUACCAAACUGCACGAAACAAUACAGUAAUGAUCUUUGGAGUGAAAUUCAAAAAUCUCUCCAUUAUAUCGACAAAGAAGUUAUGUAUCGUUACUUCAGCCAAGAAUUAGACUUUCUCAUUGGCCCAGCAUGUAGCUUUAAACAGAAUAUACAUUGCUCAGCAAGAGAUUUUGUUCCCUUGGAAACUAAAUGGGGUAAGUGUUAUACCUUUAACUCAGGUAAAAAUGACAAAUUAAAGAGGGUGAACAGUGCUGGCAUAUCAUUUGGAUUUGCUGUCAUUCUCGAUGUCCAAAGAGAAGAAUACAGUUUUGGAAAGCUUUCAGAAGGAUUCAAGGUGGUGAUUCACAAGCAAGGUGAAUUCAUCAAUGAAUGGGAAGGAAUCAACGUUGGACCAGGACAGCAUGCUACUAUUGUGCUUUCGGAGAAAAGGGUAACGUUCCCCACUUGUUUUCAGUGAAAGUGACUAAUUGUCACGCUGUUUGUUCUCUUUUUAAAAAGCUAACUUUUUUUGACAUCAUUUGUAUUUGAAAAAUUGAAACUGUCUCCUUUCGUCCGUUGCAAUAGUCUGCUACACAGCCAUUUUUAGUGUUGCCACGCAACGCUCCUCCCCACUAGGGAGGAGCGUUGCGUGACGAUACUAAAAACGCCUGUGUAGCAGACUAUUGCAACGGAUGGCAAGGAUGGACAUGGAUUGAAACUUGAAAAUUGUGGGCCAACUUCAGAACGGAAUCAGUAGACUCCCAUAAGAAAGCAAUACCCUCGUGUCAUAGCCUUUUUAGGAGAAAAUAAUGAAACCUUCAUUUCUUUCUCACAAUCUAAAAUCUAUUGAAAAAUAUCAUUCGAAUUCAUGCUGAUAUCUGUAAGACAGGGAUCACGCUUAAGUUACUCUGUUAUUGAUCGCGGCCUUAACAAAAAGCUUAUCAGCCACGAUCCUUAUCCUUUUGUAUCGUCGUGGUCAUAGUUGUACUGUUCCAUUUGUUGAGACAGAAAUUACAGAAAAAAUAACGGUAAACUUGUCCUAGCGAGUUUCGCCGUUUUCCAGUUAAUUUUGAAAAAUGUUAAAUUAUUAAAAUAGGUGCAAUAUGUAUCAAAGGCUAUUCUAACUUAUACAGUAGAAACCAAAUAGCAAUAAAAAUAUAAAUAUUCUCCUUGAUCCUACUCUCUCCGCCAAAAAGAAAGUUACAAUUUCUUACCUUCUUUGCCAAGAAUAUUAUUUCAGAUUUCAUGAAGUGGUGACGUUAACGGUAGAUGGAAAGGGUAGAGGAUCUUGUCUCAAGACUGAGAAGCAAUGCAAUUGGACUUUUAAUUUUUUCAAAUUAUUUGAUUCGGUAUUCUGUAGUACAAGAAUCUGGAAAAGCCGUACUCCACCAAUUGUACCAAGAAGGCUUUGAAAACCUUCGAUACUUACACAACAGCAGGUUGUCUCUUUGAGUGUGAAGCUGAAAUGAUCGUCAAGGAUUGUAAUUGCCGACCCUCUGGUUACAAAGGUACUAGCAAUUAA